GGCUUUCAAGAGAGAUCGGAAGAUAGGUUGUUGUAUGACGCCAAACUGCUGUCAUGCUGCACAAUCCGAUUUUGUGAAUCGAGUUUUGGCGAGUUGCUGUAAUACAUUAUGUGCCGUAUUAAUUUCACUUCUCUUCAAUUUUGAGCGAAAUAUAUUUGUCGUGACUAUUCCUCAUUGUGUGUAUGCUUAUUCAGAGAUGAAUAAUAUUGAGACUUUGCUAAAAGAAAAGCCAUAUUAUGAACAUGUGCCAUGAGUUUCAUCCUAAUCUCUAACCAGAUAUUACAAGUGGUGCCUUUGGUGAAACGACAUCUCUUCAAAACAUGAUUUUGGUGCCUUCAAUUCUCCUCCCCGUUUGGCGGAAUACGAUCAACGUUUUACGAAGCCGCAUGAUUGUAUUCUGUCAAACAUGGAGGAGAAUCGAAGUCGCGUUCAGAAUUUCUGAAUUGCCUUUUAACAAAAGCUGGAUCGUCGACUGCACAUUCGUACCAGAAAUCGGUUUGCCUUCCUGUCUGUGGCCAGUUGGACGGUUAAAAUCAUCUGUUCCUCCCAAAUAUCCAACGGCAAACACAGGUCUUCGUCAUUUCUGAAUUAGUCUUACAGCAGAUCUGUCCGUUCGUUUUCCCAGCCCGCACGAGGGCUAUUUCCGUCAUUUGACAACGAUUAUCCCGCCAAACCAUCCAAACAAAGCACCAACCUCCAAAAAUAAAAAUAAAAAAACAGAAAAAGACCGCGAAAUUAACCUCUCGUCUCGGUUGUCAACCGUGUUUAACAACAAAAUCUGAAGUCCGAUCCGAGAGGGAACGCCAAUCAUCGCUUAAUCAGACGUUAAUCUCCUCCGAAACCUUGAUUAAUGUCUGUUUGUCUUGUCACAAUGUAUUAAGACAGAUAUCUUAAUAUUUGCCUACCUCUUGUGGUUUUAGUUGGUCCUGAAAAAUGGGAGCUAAACCGAGGUGCAAGGGGUGGUGGGUGUGGGUGCUCGUGCUCGUGAUCCUCGCUCUCGUCGCCGGCGGCGUCAUUUUUGCGGUCGUCAAGAAAAUAAAGAAAAACUCCGGCGAUGACGACGGUGCGGUUCCGGGGCCUCCCGGCGCCAUUACCCAGAAAUACUCCGACGCUCUCAAAGUCGCCGUUCAAUUCUUCGACGUCCAGAAAUCCGGUAAGCUGGUGGAUAACAAGAUAUCGUGGAGAGGGGAUUCGGGUCUGAAAGAUGGAAGCGAUGCGAAGUUGGAUUUGUCCAAGGGAAUGUAUGACGCUGGGGAUCACAUGAAGUUCGGAUUUCCAAUGGCGUAUACCGCCACAGUGUUGUCGUGGGCGAUUCUUGAGUAUGGUGAUCAGAUGGAUGCGGUGAAUCAGUUAAAAACUUCUCAAGCCUCUCUCAAGUGGAUCACUGACUUCCUUGUCAAUGCUCAUCCUAAGGACAAUGUGCUCUACAUUCAGGUGGGUGACCCUAAAAAGGACCAUGAAUGUUGGUAUAGGCCGGAAGACGUGACUGAGAAGAGGCCGGCAACACAGGUCAACACUUCCGCUCCGGGAACGGAGGUUGCAGCUGAAACUGCAGCAGCUAUGGCUUCAGCAUCUCUCGUCUUUAAGAAAAGUGAUGCCAAAUAUUCAGACACGCUUCUUUCGCAUGCCAAAAAGCUGUUUACCUUUGCUGAUAAAAACAGAGGCUCUUACAGUGAAAGCAUCCCCGAGGUCCAGAAAUUUUACAAUUCAACGGGAUACGGAGAUGAGCUUUUGUGGGCAGCAGCCUGGCUUUACCAUGCGACUGGGGAUAAGGAAUACCUUGAUUACGUCACAGGGGAGAAUGGAGAGGAAUUUGCUCAAUUUGGUAAACCGACGUGGUUCAGUUGGGAUAACAAGCUUGCAGGAACCCAGGUUUUGCUCUCCAGGUUGACCUUCUUUGGUGGGAAGGACACCUCAGACAAUUCUGGCCUUCAAAAGUACAGGAAAACAGCUGAAGCUGUUAUAUGUGGCUUCCUGCCAAACUCGCCAACGGCCACGAGCAGCAGAACAGACAAUGGUCUGAUCUGGGUCAGCGAAUGGAAUGCUCUGCAGCAGCCGGUUGCUGCUGCUUUCCUAGCUGCUCUUUACAGUGACUACAUGCUUACAUCUGGCUCCACAAAACUAGAAUGCGAUGGAGAAACCUAUAAGCCAUCGGAUAUUCGGAAAUUUGUUAGAUCUCAGGCGAAUUAUGUCUUGGGCGACAAUCCUAUGAAAAUGAGCUACCUUGUCGGGUACGGGGAUAAAUAUCCCAAAUACGUACACCAUAGAGGAGCGUCUAUCCCGGCUAAUAAGAAGACUAGCUGCAAAGAGGGAUUCAAGUACCUUGACUCAACCAAACCCAACCCUAAUGUAGCCGUUGGAGCACUUGUCGGCGGGCCAUUCCUAAACGAAACAUACAUUGAUGCCCGGAACAACUCGAGGCAAGGGGAGCCGAGCACAUACAACAGUGCUGUCGUUGUUGGCCUUCUGUCAAGUCUGGUGACCACCUCUUCGGCAGUUAAAUCCUUCACCUAGAGAGUCCUAGAUAUCGACCGAAAAAAAAAAUAAAAAACAAGAGAGUCCUAGAUAACUAAUUACAAUUGUUUGUAUUAAUAUAUAUAUUAUACUGCUCUGUACCUGUAUGCAUGCCUUGUUACUACUCACAAUUUACUGAUGUAGUGCAGUAGUACGUAGUUUACUUUCCAAUGAUUUGGGCUAUUACUUUACUAUCUUAGCUUUUCUUUGUUUUGGUAAAGUGAUAUUUUGAUCUACCCUAACUCAGGAGGAAGGGGAUUUGAAUUUGUGUGGUAUGCUGUUCUUGCCAAUUAAUCUAAUGUUGCGAGUUUACA